AAACCAACAUCAUCAACAAUUUCCAGUCUUGCGUCAACCCCAUAGACGCUUGUCUUUACCAUGGAACUCAACAAAUUGCCUGACGAGUUGCUGAGCCAAAUCCUUGACUGUCUUCGUCUAGAUAAACGGUCUCUGCGUCCACUCGAUGACAACCCCGGCAAAAUAGGCGAUCUUUUGAACGCACGUCUCGUGUGUCGCAAGUGGAACAGCCUGGCGACAAAGCACGCCUUUCGCACCAUUUUCCUGGCCCCAACGGAAAAGGGUCUCAAGGCCUGGGCAGGGCUUCUCAGCAGCAAUCCGGUCAUAUCCGCCGCGCGCCGUGUCGUCAUCUACAGCUCGUCGUUCUCUGCCCAGGAUGAGGACUAUUAUGAAUGGGAGGGGUGGAAAGACGACACAUUCUCCGAGUUUACGGACGCCAUGUCUCGGAUCAGGGAUCUUGACCUGGUUGACCAGAUUUGUUUGCGCUUCACAUCGAAAUGUGUAGGAGUAGCGGCUGAUCCCGAUUUUUUUUGGGGCAACGAUGUUGAAGAAAUAUCAACCCGGGAAAAUACCCUGAAGGCGUUAUUCGAAGCCAUAAGGGAGCGUGCCGGACAACCAAACGCGGCCAAAAUCCGUUCCCUUACUAUCAAACACCUGCAGAAUGUUCCACUACCAGAUUUCACGUCAUCCGAGCUCUUCAAGUCGGUCGCCAAGGAUCUUGACCAACUUCACCUCGAAGUCGCGGAAGAAUACAAUAAGCACGGACCAGACCACGACAUUUACUGCAUCGAGCUUGUGCAAUUCGAGCCUUACAUGCAGCGUCACUGGCUUUCCCCCUUGGCCGACCAGCUCACCUCGUUGACGCUGAAUUUUGGCGAGUGUUGGGGCACGUUACCAGGGAACUUUAACGGCCGUGGCCUGGUCUUUCCACAGCUAAAGACGCUCACGCUCGGUUCUUAUGCGAUUUCGCAUCACGACCAUUUAGACUGGGUUGUAUCUCAGCCUUCACUAAAGUCUCUGCGAUUAGACUGGUGCUUCAUUGUCUCCUUCAUACGCACCGAGGCCUCCAAGAUUGUGGAAUGGAAUGUGCCGACUUACGAUUGGGAAAGACUCCCACAUGGUGCCUUCGGGUUUGAUUUCAGCGACGAUGCAGUCUAUCGCUUCCCAGGGACGUGGGAGUCCGUGUUCGACAAGAUACGCACCGGUCUUCCCAAUCUUGUCGAUUUCCAGUUCCACAUCAGCCGUUCGGGUCCUGUUUGCUUUGACAACCCCCGUCCUUUGCCGACCAAGCUGUCUCUGGGUCGGUACAUCGUCUUCGACAUUGGUCUUUGUCCUUCCAGGUGGAUUGAGCCGAACUACGACACCGGCGCGUUGAGUUUUGGUAAUCAUAAUAGAAGCAGGUGGCGGCGGAUUGGCCCAGACGAAGAAAAUGCGUGUCGGUACAUAGAUGAGAUGGAUCGUGAGAAGUUGACAGGGGAAGGAGACACAAGGGCGUUUGACGCACUGCUGAAAGCAACAUAUGAGCGAAGGUGUUAGACUAUAUUUUGUCUUAAAUGAGAUCCGUCAGAGAACCCCAUCACAAGUCAAUGGCACAGCUUCUGUAGUUUCAGGGCUGGAUUAAAUAGGAUUCUAUAGGGUACCAUGGCCAUAAGCGGUAGGGCGUCUAUAUACAUUGAUCUUGAACAGUUCCUCGGGUUCAAUGCCACCACGCUGGCCUAGUUCUAGAAAAGUAGAAGCAUGCACCAUGGCGUACUCCUGAAAAUACUUAAAAAGAAAAAGCCGAGAGGCAUUAGCGACGGUAGCCGAUGUGGGCCUUGGCAUGUCGUCCGUAGGAGGUGGGCUUGAAGGACUUGAUACCCUCCUGCAUGGCCUUCAGGUGGCUCCAGUCGUAGCCAUCCUC